AUGUCGUUACGUCAAAAAAGACCAAGAGAAGAUGAAAUAAGUUCAAUUGUUGGAAAGAUAUCUGUUAAGGAUAUGGGAAGUAAUUAUAAAUCAGAAACAAUCAAGAAAGAUAAAGUUGAAAAAAUCGAAGAAGUUGAUCAAACAUUUGAAGAAUUUUUGAAUAAAAUUUAUACAUUUAUACCAGACGCAUCUCAUGAAGUAAUACAUUCAGCAUCAGAAUUAUUUAUCGAGAAUCUAUCAAGUGCUGAUAUUACAAUACAGGAUAAGAGAAAAGUAAUCGAGGAUUUAUUAAAUGUUAAAAUCAAUGAUAUAGAAUUUAAUGAUUUGAUAAAUUUGGCAAAGACAAUAUCGAGAGGUCAAAAUAAAGAAGAAGAUAAUGAAAAAGCAAAUUAUGUUGCUGUCGAAUUUAAUGAAUCAGAAGAAGAAGAAAUUGAAGACAUUGGAGAAGAAGAACCAGAGGAAGUACAAGAAGAAAAAGAGAUAAAUUGGGCAUGGUUUCAAUCAAACAUACCAAAUUCACAACAAGAAGAAAUUAUAUCUUUAUUAUCAUCAGAUGCAGAUUUUGAAAGUCUAAAUGAAAUCAAAUUGAAUGAAGAACUACUUGCAAAAUGUACUGAAAAUAGAUGGAAGAUUGUAUUUACUAAAAAACUUGAGGAAUUACCAAAAGAAGAAGUAGUUAAAGAAAUGGAACAAGUAAAUCUAACUUCACUAAUUCAAGAACUAAUAGGAGAUCAACCAACUAAAAAACAAAAGACAUCAAGAAUACCACAAAGAAUUGAUUUACAAAAGAUAAUAUUCACUACUAGUGUAGAUACCACUAAAGUUAAACUACCCCCUGGAACAUUUCAAGAAAAUAAAAAAUCAUACGAUAUAAUUACAAUACCACCACCGUCACCACCAAAAUCAGAUGAAGAAUUAGUUGCAAUUUCAGAAUUACCAAAUUGGGCACAAGAAGCAUUUCCAUCUAAUGAAACACAAUCAUUUAAUAGAAUACAAUCUAAAAUAUAUCCAAAAGCAUUUGAAACUAAUGAUAAUUUAUUAAUUUGUGCUCCUACAGGUGCUGGUAAAACCAAUGUUGCUGUGUUAACUAUCCUCAAAACAAUUUCAAAUCAUAGGAUCAAUGAUAAAAUUAAUAAAAAUUUCAAAAUUGUAUAUAUUGCACCGUUAAAAGCAUUAGUACAAGAACAAAUGAGAGAAUUUCAAAGAAGAUUACUGGUUUUUGGUAUUACAGUCAAUGAAUUAACUGGAGAUCUGACAUUAUCAAAAAAACAAAUUCAUGAGACUCAAAUAAUAGUGACUACCCCAGAAAAAUGGGAUAUUAUAACGAGAAAGUCACCAGAUUAUGUCAAUUUGGUUAAACUUCUAAUUAUUGAUGAAAUACAUUUAUUACAUGAUGAGAGAGGACCCGUAUUGGAAAGUAUAGUAUCUAGAAGCUUACGUCAAGAUUCAGUGGUAAGAAUUGUUGGUUUAUCUGCUACACUUCCAAAUUAUAAUGACGUUGCUAAAUUUAUCAGAGUCAAUGAAGAUUCCUUAUUUUAUUUUGAUGGAAGUUAUCGUCCUUGUCCUUUACAACAAGAAUUUGUUGGAAUAAAAGAGAAAAAAGCAAUAAAGAAGAUAACAGCCAUGAAUGAAGCAUGUUGUGAUAGAAUGUAUGCUAGCUUAGAAAGAAACCAUCAAUUAAUUGUAUUUGUCCAUUCAAGAAACGAAACUGCAACUACUGCAAAAUACCUAAUUGAUAAACUAGCGGAAUCGGAUAUAAAUCUAUUGGAGAAUGUAGGUACCAAAGAGAUAUUAAAUCAAGAAUCUGAAUCAAUGUCUGGAAAAUUAAAAGAAAUUAUCCCAUUUGGUUUUGGUAUCCAUCAUGCUGGAUUGAAUAAAACAGACAGAUCCACAGUUGAAGAUUUAUUUGCUCAAGGUCAUUUAAGAGUAUUAGUUUCAACUGCAACAUUAGCUUGGGGUGUUAACUUACCUGCUCAUACAGUUAUAAUUAAAGGUACAGAAACUUAUUCACCAGAAUUAGGAACUUGGGUUCAAUUAUCACCACAAGAUAUUUUACAAAUGUUGGGUAGAGCUGGAAGACCAAGAUAUGAUAAAAAUGGUGAAGGUAUAAUUAUUACUUCACAAGAUGAAAUUCAAUAUUACUUGGCCUUGUUGAAUCAACAAUUACCUAUUGAAUCUAAAUUGAUUACGAAAUUAGUUGAUUCAAUUAAUGCUGAAAUAGUAGCUGGUUCAAUUAAAUCAAUUGAAGAUGGGAUUGAAUGGUUAGGAUAUACUUAUUUUUUCAUUAGAAUGUUACAAUCACCAAAUAAAUAUGGAGUAGAGCCAGAUUAUGAUUUUAAACUUGAUCCUACAUUGUUUCAAAAAAGAAUGGAUUUGAUAUAUACGUCAUUGUUGAUAUUGAGAGAACAUAAAUUAAUUAUAUUUGAUGGGAAAUUUGUAAGAUCAACUGAAUUGGGUAAAAUUGCAUCAUUUUUUUAUAUAAAUUAUGAAACUGUAAAUAUAUACGGAAAAUCAUUGAAACCAUGGCAUUCCGAAACUGAUGUAUUGACUAUAUUUUCCAAAUCUGUUGAAUUUAAAUAUAUUCCAUUAAGACAAGAAGAAAAGAUUGAAAUAAACAAGUUGAUGGAAAAAGCACCAAUUCCAGUUAAAGAAUUACCAAGUGAUCCAAGUGCAAAAAUUAACAUUUUAUUACAAACUUAUAUUUCCAAAUUGAAUCUUGAUGGGUUUGCAUUGAUUGCAGACAUGAUAUAUAUUAAACAAUCAGCAGGUAGAUUAUUACGAGCAAUUUAUGAGAUUUCAAAACUUAAGAAAUGGUCAUCAUUAUCUAAAUUGUUAUUAAAUUUUUGUAAAAUGGUGGAAAAUAGAAUAUGGUUGAAUAAUUCACCAUUAAGGCAAUUUAAUAAUGUUCCUCAACAAAUUAUAAAAUCUACCGAAAUGUCAUAUUUACCAUGGAUGAAAUAUUUUCAUCUAAAUGCUGAAGAAUUAUCAGAGGCCCUUAAUUUAAAAGCAUCAAUGGCUAAAAUAUUAGAAAGUUAUGUGCAUUCUUUUCCUAAAUUAUCUUCAAAUUAUAAAUUAAAACCAAUCAAUGAAACAAUGGCCAAAUUGGAAAUCGAAAUUUUACCUGAAUGGAAUUGGGCUAAUGAGUCAGGAAAUCAAGAAGUUUUUGAAAUUUUUUUGGAAGAUUGUAAUGGGAGUGAAUUAUUAUAUGAUGAUUUAUUGGUAAUUAAAAAGAAGAAUGUCAAUCAGAUUCAUGUGAUUGAUAUAAUUGUGGAUAUAAAGAAACCAUUAAUGCCAAAUUAUUUAUUAUCUUUUAUAAAUAAUAAAUGGGUCAAUUGUACUUGGAAAUUACCAAUCUUGUUAAAUAUAAAUUUACCUAAGAUUUCAAAUCUUUAUUUAUCAUAUGAUGAAAAUGAAAAAAUCAAACCUAACGAUUUUGAACAAUUGCAAAUUGAAGAUUUUAAUAGACUACAAUCAGCAGUCUUUGAACCAGUUUAUAAUUCAAAUGAGAAUGUGUUUAUUGGAUCAGCUAGAGGUGACGGAAAAAUAACAGUGUUAGAAUUAUCGAUCUUAAAUCAACUCAGACAAAAUAGAGGAAAGGUAGUCUACUUAAAUUCAUCUCAAGAAAUUGUAAGCAAGUUAUUUAAGAAGUGGAACAAGUUAUUCGAUGAUGUAUAUACACUCACAGGGAAUUUAAAAACUGACAUUUCAAUAAUUAAUGAAAGUUCAAUCAUAUUAUCUACUCCAGAACAAUUUAAUUUAUUAACUAAAAGAUGGAAAUCAAAAAAGAACUUCAAAUUAUUUGAUUUGUUAUUUCUUGAUGAUUUACAUACAAUUAAUACUGAUAUAAAUUAUGAAAUAUUCCUAACUAGACUUAAAAUGUUUAAAUCACAAUGGGAAGAUUAUGAAUUAAGAGUUGUUGCUUGUUCAUUACCUUUAGAUAAUGUAAGAGAUGUUUGUGAUUGGUUAAGUAUACCUAAACUGGAAAUCUAUAACUUUCCAUUACUGGAGAGAUCAAACAACAUAAAGGAGAUUAAGUUAUCAAUUGGUGAGAAUAAACAUAUUGAAAAAGAAAUAGACCAAAAAUCAAUAGUCUUCGUACCUACAUUCAAUAAAGUACUUGAACUUGUUUCAAAAUUAGAUUAUGAAUCUGUUGAUUUACAAGAAAUUGAAAAAUAUACAACAAGAAUCCAGGAUCGUAAAGUUAAAAUGUUAUUAGAAAAAGGAAUAGGUAUCUAUUAUUCAUGUAUGAAUAAGAUUGAUCAAUUGAUAGUUGAAAAAUUAUUCGACCUGGGUUUAAUCAAAUCAUUAAUUGCAACAAAAGAUACUUGUAACUAUAUACCACAAGCACAUAAGGUUAUAAUUUAUGGGACUAGCUAUCUUGAUGAAUAUGAACAUCGUAAUAUCGAUUAUUCAAUUGUUGAAAUUGCUGAAAUGACUGGUUCUUGUGCUGAUUCUGGAGUUGUUCAUAUAUAUUUAUCAAAUGCAAACAUGAUUGAAUAUUACAAUACUUUUAUUAAUUCGGGUGUUGUGAUUGAGAGUGAUUUAUUAUCUUAUCUUUUUGAAUUGUUGAUUAGUAAUUUAUCGAAUGGUAUAAUCAAAACAAGACAAAAUUGUAUUGAUUUAUUAACUUAUUCAUUUUACUACAAACGAUUAUUUAAAAAUCCAUCAUAUUAUCAAUUAAAAGAUGUUUCAAGCAUGGGAUCAUCUGAAUACUUAUCUGACAAGAUUGAAAACGUAAUUGAAGAAUUAGUCAGACAGGAAUUUAUCGAAGAUAAAGAAGAAAACUUUGAGGUUCUAAAUAAAUGUGUUAUUUCAUCUCAUUAUAAUUUAAUGUUUGAGACCAUGAAUAAUUUAUCACAAUUAAGUAAUAAAUCAAAAUUGAAAGAUAUCAUACAAAUAAUAUCCAAAUCUACUGAAUUUGAAUCAUUAAUUAUUCGAGAAGGCGAAGUUACAAAUUUAGAGAAUCUACAGAAUAAAGUCCCAAUUAAAUUAACCACUGAUUCAAACACUCCAUAUUAUAAAACGUUCAUACUUUUACAAAUCCACAUCAGUAGAUUAUCACAUUUAUUAACACCAGACUUACAAAGUGAUUUAAAAUUCAUAUUGGAAAAAGUGCUACCUAUAAUUAACGGACUCGUUGAUUUAUUAUCAUCCCAAGGAUAUCUUAACUCACUUAUAGUUAUGGAUUUUUCACAAAUGAUUGUUCAAUCAUUAUGGAGUUCAGAAAAUAUAUUAAAACAAAUACCAAAUAUCGGUGCCUUUGAAUUGGAAAAAUGUAAACAAUAUAACGUGGAGACAGUUUAUGAUUUAAUGUCAUUAGAAGAUGAUGAAAGAAAUGAUAUUUUACAAAAACAAGAUGAUGAGAAACUAAAUGAAAUUGCCAAUUUCAUAAAUAGUUAUCCAAAUAUUGAAGUAAAUUAUAAAAUGGAGGGAAAAAUUGUGGUAGAUGAGCCUAAGAUUAUCACAGUUACAAUUGACAGAGAUGAAGAACUAGAGUCUCUUGAUGUUGUAAGUCCAUUACCAUUCCCCAAAGAGGAGAAUUGGUGGAUUGUAAUUGGAGAUAAAUUAAUAAAUCAAUUAUACGCAAUUAAAAAAAUUAAUAUCAUGAAAACUACCCAAUCAUAUGAUUUAGAAGUUACAUUGACCAAUGAAGGAGAUAGAGAUCUACGUAUAUAUUUAAUUUGUGAUUCAUAUAUAGAUUCAGAUAAGGAAAUAGUUGUUCCAAUUAAUGUAUAA